AGUCAGUUAGAGGGAGGCCAAGUGGUUCCUGCUGUUUUCGGCUGCGCGAACUUGCGCAGUGACCGGUGAGACGCUCAGGCUCCGCCAUGCUCUUCACUCUCUGAGUACCCAAUCGCGAUGUUUGCCACGACCGCGUUUCCCUCCGUCUACACCUUCCGGUUUGCCACCAUAAGACCAUCCGAAUCCAGUUCAACCAAUUCUUUUCCUCUGAAGCUCAGAGCAUCGCUCAAUGACUAUCCGCUCGCAAGUAAAAUUGUGGUUAAAAAUUUACCAUAUUCUACUGGUGAGACUAUUCUCAAGAAGGAAUUUUCAAACUUUGGUGAGAUAGCUGAAGUUAAAGUUGUUAAAGAUACCACCGAAAAAUCUAAGGGAUAUGCCUUUAUUCAGUACACUUGUCAAGAUGAUGCAAUGCUUGCACUAGAAAACAUGGAUCAAAAGGCAUUUGAUGGUCGGAAAAUAUAUGUAGAAAUUGCAAAACCUGGGAAGGAUGCUUUUCGUGGCCACCCAAAGACCUCAGGGCCCCCUAAGAAGUGGCAUCAGCCAGAUCAAGAGGAAGUGGUGGAUUGCUGGUACUGAUCAAAAAUAGAAAUGAUGCAAGAGGAGACUAUGGCCUGUUCGUAUGCUCCUUGAGGGUGUAUGAUACUGCGGUUGGGUCCAACUUCAAGCUGUGUUCCUUUGCAAAAGAAAUCACUCAGACAGGGAGGCUGAAAAGAUAUGGAAUACAUGCUGGGUCAUGGAAAGGUUUGGCAGAGUUAUUUGAAUGAGUGAUGAUGUGUCAGAAAAAAUACACUUGGCAGUAUUUGAUUGGGAAAACUUUGACAUUAAGUACAACAGAGGAAGUACCCAAGUUCCCCCAGGAAAGGAUGCAAACUAGUUGAGACGAAAAUUAAACGUAAGAAUUAUAACUUCUUGUGAGUAAUUAUGUACUUUUAGAUACACAUCAAUGAUAUCAAUGGAAAUGGAGGAUGGCAUGGUCCUAUAAAUUUAUGGGCAUAUUUUUG